CGACCAAAUCAUUCCUCCCACUCAGUUCAGGCAUUCGCUUAGGCAGGCGGCUCAAAGUUCUGUUCACCUGCUCUUCUCACAGGAGGAAAAGCAACCUCGGAGGAGUAGUGAGGAAGAAAGAGGGAGACUGCUCAAAGGAACCUGCCUGGAUCAGUCUCUGGAAGUGAUGCUGUAAGUUUAGGACCCCGUUUUUCACCAUGAUGUCCGGACUGCCAGAGGCCCUGAGCCGGCUGAGGGCAAAUUCGCUCCGCAGCUGCUUCAGCUUUGCAGGGCCCUCUGAGUCCACCCUGGUGGCUGUGCCCAUCAACUUCGAUAGAGAUGAAGUGAGAAUCCUCAAGGUUUGCUUCCACAGCAACAGCUUCAACAUGGGCAAGAACUUCAAGCUCGUGAAAUGCACCGUCACCACCACGAUCCAGGGUGUGAUUGAAUUGGUCCUGCAGAGCGGGAGGAUUGGUCCAGACAUCCAGCUAGCCGAGUGCUAUGGAUUACGCCUGAAACAUGUGAAAUCCGAUGAGAUCCACUGGCUUCACCCCGACUUGACGGUUGGAGAAGUCCAAGAGAAGUACGAAUGCCUGCACAUUGAGGCCGAGUGGAGGUAUGACCUCCAGAUCCGCUACCUCCCUGAAGACUACAUUGAGCGCUUCCAAGAGGACCGGACCACACUUUUGUACUUCUACCAGCAGCUCCGGACUGAGUACAUGCAGCGUUACGCUAGCAAAGUGAGCGAGGGGAUGGCCCUUCAGCUAGGCUGCCUGGAGCUCAGGAGGUUCUACAAGGACAUGCCUCACAAUGCCCUAGACAAGAAGUCCAACUUUGAAUUCCUAGAGAAGGAAGUGGGGCUAGACCUUUUCUUUCCACGGCAGAUGCAGGAUAACUUGAAGCCUAAACAAUUCCGCAAGAUGAUUCAGCAGACAUUCCAGCAGUAUGCCCUUCUGCGGGAGGAAGAGUGCAUUAUGAAGUUCCUUGGAACACUCUCCACUUUUGCCAACAUUGACCAGGAAAGCUAUCGCUGUGAGCUAAUUCAAGGAUGGAAUAUUACAGUAGAUCUGGUGAUUGGGCCUAAGGGCAUCCGGCAGAUGACCAGUAAGGAAACCAAGCCCACGUGCCUGGCUGAGUUCAAACAGAUCAAAUCCAUAAAGUGUUCACCUGCGGAGGAAGGCAGAGCCCUGUUGCAGCUUGGACUUACCGGGAACCCCCAGUCCCUGACGAUCAAGACAUACUCCCUUGCUGAGGCAGAGAACAUGGCUGACUUGAUAGACGGUUACUGCAGGUUGCAGGGAGGCUUAGAGGACGGCUCUCUCAUUAUCCGUCCAAACAGAGAGAAUGAGAGGAUCAGCCUGCCUCAAGUCCCAAUACAGCACAUAGAAGACAGAAAGUCAACUCUGACAGACAGCAUCAGUGGAGAUUCAGAUAUUUAUGCUGAGAUUCCAGAUGAAGCUUCCCGACCCAAAUCUGGAGUGCCGUACAUGAUCUCUCGGGAAGAUGUGGUUCUGGGCCGGAUCCUGGGAGAGGGCUUCUUUGGAGAAGUCUAUGAAGGCAGUUACACUAAUGAGAAGGGGGACCGGAUAGCUGUGGCUGUGAAGACCUGCAAGAAGGACUGCACUGCAGAAAAUAAGGAGAAGUUCAUGAGUGAAGCUGUGCUGAUGAAGAAGAUGGACCACCCCCACAUCGUGAAGCUCAUUGGAAUCACAGAAGAUGAUCCAACAUGGAUUGUAAUGGAGCUGUACCCUUAUGGAGAGCUGGGACACUACCUCGAACAGAACAAGGCUUCCCUGAAAGUUCUCACCCUCAUCCUGUACACCUUGCAGGUUGGCAAGGCCAUGGCGUACCUGGAGGCCAUCAACUGCGUGCAUAGGGACAUUGCUGUCAGGAACAUCCUGGUAGCUUCUCCCGAAUGUGUCAAAUUGGGAGAUUUUGGGCUGUCUCGAUACAUUGAGGAUGAUGAGUAUUACAAAGCUUCGGUGACUCGCUUGCCCAUCAAGUGGAUGGCACCGGAGUCAAUCAACUUUCGCCGUUUCACCUCUGCCAGUGAUGUGUGGAUGUUUGCCGUUUGCAUGUGGGAAAUCCUCAGCUAUGGCAAGCAGCCCUUCUUCUGGCUGGAGAAUAAAGAUGUGAUUGGGGUGCUGGAGAAAGGGGACCGCCUGCCCAAGCCUGAUGCCUGCCCACCGGUCCUCUACACCCUGAUGACACGAUGCUGGGAUUAUGACCCCAGUGACAGGCCCAAGUUCAAGGAGCUGGUCUGCAGCUUGAGUGACAUUUACCAGAUGGAGAAGGAGAUCACCCGGGAACAAGAGAGGAACAACCGCCACCGCCCCCCUAAAAUCAUGGAGCCUGCCUCUUUCCAGGAGCCCCCGCCAAAGCCCAGCAGACCGAAGUACAAGCCACCUCCUCAGACUAACCUGCUGGCUCCCAAGCUCCAGUUCCAGGUGCCCGAGGGUCUGUGUGCCAGCUCGCCAACUCUCACCAGCCCCAUCGAGUACCCAUCAUCACCCGUCAACUCCCUGCACACCCCACCGCUCAACAGACACAACGUCUUCAAGCGCCACAGCAUGAGGGAGGAGGACUUCCUCAGGCCCAGCAGCCGGGAAGAGGCCCAGAAACUUUGGGAGAUGGAGCGGGCCAAGAUGAGUCAGCUUCUCCACAAGCAGCAGAAGCAGAUGGCAGAGGAUUAUCAGUGGCUGAGGCAGGAGGAGAAAGCUCUGGACCCAAUAGCCUCUGUGAACAGCGACUCUUCCCCCCCUAAACUUCCUGAGAAGGAGACGGGAUACACUGAGUUUACAGGGCCUCCCAGGAAGCCGCCCAGAUUUGUACCUCAGAUGUCACUUCAGCCAACUCCUACAGCCAACCUGGACCGAACAGACGAUGCUGUAUAUAGCGAUGUUAUGAACCUGGUGAAAGCUGUUCUGCAGCUUAAGAACGAGGUCAGCAACCAUCCUCCGGAGCGGUACAUCCUUGUUGUGAAGAAUGUGGGUCUCUCUCUUCGGAAGCUCAUUGGGAGCGUAGAUGAUAUCCUUCCGGCUUUGCCCUCAUCUUCACGCCAUGAGAUCGAGGGAACUCAGAAGCUUCUCAACAAGGACCUUGCUGAGCUGAUCAACAAGAUGCGCUUGGCUCAGCAGAACGCCAUGACCUCUCUGAGCGAGGAGUGCAAGCGCCAGAUGCUGACCGCCUCUCACACCUUGGCCGUGGAUGCAAAGAACCUCCUGGAUGCUGUGGACCAAGCCAAGGUGCAAGCCAAGCUGGUGAAGGUCUCUUUUGAGUGACAGAGAGAGCUGGCCCUUGAAAUAACACACACACAUACACACACACAUGUAAAACCAUCCAGCUUCCCCGUCCCCCGUGCCACAAAAACGCUCGUGUCUGAUUUUGUCACGUCUGUCUUCUGAGAACAAAGGAAGAAACUCUUGAGAGAAGCCAUAUGCUCAGGGCAGGGAAGAGACUUUUGUGUUCUUGCAUCCACAGGAUAUGCUGCUGGUGGUGAAGGGAGGGGACCGUGUGUGUAAAAGACCCCUGUCCUCUCAUGAGGGAUAUUAAGGCCAUUCAGUGGGGCUCUCCCAGCCUGCACCACUAGUGUCAUCACACAAAGUGGGUUCCUGUAUUGUGGUCUACUUCCUUUUAGGUGCCUGUGGCAGUGAGAGGUACCGUCUGUCAGGUUGGUGAAGCAGAUCAAAAACAGGUGUGGGUGGAGUAGCUCGUGGGCCCCACACUGUUCUCAGGGUAAGCCACAGGAGGGAGGGGGUCAAGACUGUUCCUUGGUUGCUCUAAGGGUUUUAGUGGCCUACUGAGAAAAGAAGACUUGCUGAGCAAUUCUCUUAAAUAGAGAAAAUUCCCAUUGGGGAUAUUGGUUCACUGGAAGAGACUAUUUUGCUUCUUUGUACAUUGUAUAGAAAAAAUUAUUUAACAACUGCCAACUAACCCUAGUCUGCCAACUAACUAUCCUAGUCCUUCCUUUUCCUUCACCCUCCUGCUUCCUAAACUCAAUUUGAGAAAAACAAUAUUUUGGGCUGGGGUGGGUGGGGGGGUGGGAAUGGCUCUAUGAGUGAUGUUGAUCUGAAAGGAAUGAAGAAAAAGAUCAAAGCUGAAAUUUGAAAUAUGAGUGUAAAUGAGUGAAAAACAUAUACGCAGCUCACUUCCAUCUCUUCAACAUGGAACCAUGAAGCUUGAAUCUGGACAUUGAUUUUGACUUUUAAAUCUGAUUUGAAUUCCCUGACAGGGUUUUUAAAAAUAUUAAACCUCACAGCCUUGAAACUCAGGCUUUGCUAUGAAACAGAUGUUUCAUGGAAAUCUUCCAGGUGUUUGAAGGUUUGAAGCCAUCCAUUUUUUUUAAAAAAAGAAACAAAUUGUUCUGAAAGCAGGAUCUACCUCCUUCCCUGAAAUUUGAAAUCCGUGUGCUUUUUUUGUGCCAGAGAAAUAGGUUUGCUUGUCUUUUCCUAAAGACAAGGCUUGGAGGGAGGUCAGCAGCUGACCUGAGCUUCUUUGUAAUUUUAUCUUAUGUGUUUAAAAAAGGCAACUGCACUAGAAACUUUUCUGUUUGAUAUGAUUCGUUGGUUUCAAACUGAACAUUGUAGGGGGGGGGGUGUUGGCUUUUGCCACAUUUGUCUUAACAAAGCUGUUAUUUUUGCCUGAGAUAAAUGAGGUACCCAAUU